AUGACUGGACAAUCUACACGACGAUGGCUUCAGCUGUCCUUCCUUCUCAUGGCUGGUACCGCUUCAGCAGGAUCUCUCAAGCUGGCUGACUUUGAGUCCAUCAGCGACAAGUCAUUCCCAUCAAGCUGUGUUGCAGCAUACGACACCCCUCUUGAGAGUUGCACUCCCAACGACUUCACCGGUGGCAAGGCUUGCAGUGCUGCUUGCAAGGACUCAGUGCAACGAGCCCAGGGUUUCAUCCAAGCCUCAUGUGGCGACGUCUCUACCGACUCGGAAUCUCUUCUCAGCCGUGGUCAAAAGGGCAACCUCGUUGCUGUCCUCUGCCGAGAUGUCGAUGAGCCUCAGUCCCAACAAGAGACCCAAUCCCAGCCUCAAUCUGAACCUCAACCUGUGUCCGAGCCUGAGACUCAGCCUCCAGCCACCACAACAUCACACUCUGAGUCUGCUACCAAGAUCCAGAAGAACGUUCUUCUCGAGACCAGCGUUUCCACCCACGAGAGCAGCUCAAAGGUCAGCUUGGGUGAGCCCUUGUCUGCCGUUGAUGAAGACCUCGCUACCAAGAGCACUGGUCUCGUCAUCGACACAGAACAGCCCACAGGCUCUCUUCCCAUCCCUCAAGCUCCCACCCAGAUGCUCACCUCAAUGACGAGGUCUGCUGCGCCUAGCCAGACCGCCGAGCCAGCUGAUGAGGAGCCUACUCCUACGCCUACAACGGCCGGCGGAGCUGUCCAUGCUCCCAGCUUCAACUUUAUGUGUGCAUCUUUCGCGGUGUCCGCACUUAUGUACAUGGUCAUCAACUAG